CGCCAUCACCGCUGUUAGGUUCUACCAGGAGACCUUCGGCGUCCCUCCGGCCACGCGAGCUCGCCGAAAUGGUCGCCCACAGGUUCCAUCAGUACCAGGUGGUGGGUCGCGCGCUGCCGACCCCAACCGAUGAGCACCCCAAGAUCUACCGCAUGAAGCUCUGGGCCACCAACGAGGUUCGCGCCAAGUCCAAGUUCUGGUACUUCCUGAGAAAGCUCAAGAAGGUGAAGAAGAGCAAUGGCCAGAUGCUUGCCAUCAACGAGAUCUUUGAGCGCAACCCGACCACCAUCAAGAACUAUGGCAUCUGGCUGCGCUACCAGAGCAGGACUGGUUACCACAACAUGUACAAGGAGUACCGCGACACCACCCUGAACGGCGCAGUGGAGCAGAUGUACAACGAGAUGGCCUCCCGCCACCGCGUGAGGUCCCCCUGCAUACAGAUCAUCAAGACAGCGACGGUCCACUUCAAGCUGUGCAAGAGGGACAACACCAAGCAGUUCCACAACUCCGAGAUCAAGUUCCCGCUUGUGUACCGCAAGGUCAGGCCGCCUACCAGGAAGCUCCGGACCACUUUCAAGGCUUCCAGGCCCAACCUUUUCAUGUGAGAGGUAUAUCGUACCCGUGUUCUGUGUCUUGAGCGCCCGAGAGAUAAGGAUUCUUCCUGUGCAAGUUUUUGGUGCCCUGUUCAUUGAGCACUUUGUUUGAUUCCAGUUAAGGAUUUGAAUGAUGCUGUGUAAAACAAUGACUUGUCUGCAAUUAGUUAUCAACUACUGCUAUUUACCUGCCC